AUUCGUGAUAACGGUGAACACUGCACACGAAUCCGGUCGGUGAUUGUUUUCAUUUAUCCAGGAAUUUUGUUUUUCUUUGAUGUUGAUGCUGCUUUAACGAAAUAAUCUAGUCUAUUUCGUCGAAUCGUAGAUUGGUGUUGUCCAUUUCGAAAUAAUAGACGUUAGAACUGCUCGAAAUGUGUUCGGUGUUAGUGAUUGGAGACAUGCAUGUGCCGUUCCGCAGCAGUGGACUACCGGCCCAAUUUAAGAAGCUGUUGACUCCGGGUAAGAUACAACACGUCUUGUGCACGGGCAACUUGUGCACAAAAGAGAUGUACGAGUUCUUAAAGUCGAUCGCCAAUGAUGUGCACAUUGUGCGCGGUGAUUUCGACGAGAACCUCAAUUAUCCAGACCAAAAAGUAGUGAACGUCGGACAGUUUAAAGUGGGCUUAUGCCACGGUCAUCAAGUGAUACCAUGGGGCGAUCCAGAAUCUCUGGCACUACUCCAGAGGCAACUAGAUGUAGACGUACUGGUGUUCGGUCACACUCACAAGUUUGAUGCGUUCGAACUUGGAAAUAAAUUUUUCUUAAACCCAGGAUCAGCUACUGGAGCUUUUAAUCCAUUAAACCCUGACAUCAUUCCCUCUUUUGUGGUAAUGGAUAUUCAAAGUUCAACAGUGGUAUCAUAUGUCUAUAGGUUGGUUGACGAUGAAGUAAAGAUCGAAAAAAUCCAAUACACGAAAAAAUAAACUAAUAUUUUGUACCAAUAAUUUUCACAUAAUAUAUUAUUUUUAUAAUGGCUACAAAUUGUUAUCAUCCAUUUUAUUACUCUUGUUUGUAUUCUUAUUUAUUUAUUGAAAUUUUUAUAAACUAUAUUAUAAUAAAGCUUUAAAUUUUUUUUUAAACUUAUAUAUUAUAUUAUAAACAUCCUCUUGUUGUUAUACAGAGUUAUAUAUUUCCACAAUAACACUAUUUUAGUUUGUACAAUUGUGUGUAAAUAGUAAAUAUAAAAAUUGAAUCCAUAAAA